AUGCCGUUUUUCCUGCUCUCAAUCAAGGCCAACCUCGAGAACGUGGCCAGUCUUUCCGCGCCGCCCGGCUUCCAGUUCUGCCUGACCGUCAAGAAUCCUCAGGGGGAGGACACACGGGAGGGCAUCUGGGUGUCGGCGGCCGACGAGUUCCCCAUUUCUGGGUCGCGAGGCACGGCCAACUACGUCAUGCGAUGGGUGAAGGGAGUGGGGAAGGAGGCCUCCAUGAACGUCACAGAGGUGAAGGGCGUCACACACCCAGAGUACACCGGCGACGACAGCGAUCAGUUCGUGCCCAUAGUGGCGUUUGAGUGCAGGGGUCUGGACCCCAUCGAGCUGAAGCCCACUGGGGGAUGGAGGGUGGAGAGCACCAGCGGGAAGGUGUUUGAUGACGUGGACUUGUCGGAAGGCGACUGGGCGGAGUAUGACGAGGAUGCGGGCGAGACGGUGGGGGUCUACGAAUUCACUGCACGCUUCGACGUGCACAAAGGGAAGUGA